AAAGAGAAAAACAUUUGUCAACAUUUUUUGUUUUUCUUUUCUUUUUAUUCCCAAUAAUGAAUUAGAAUAAUUUCCUUCUAACACUUAAAUUAUUCUAUUCUCUUUGUUUUAAUUGUUCUCCAUCUUUCCCAUAAAAUCAUCUCUUUGUGUCAUCUUUUAAUCUUCUACUUUAAUUUUCUAUUCUGAUCACUGGCCUGUUGAUUUAAACUCUCUCUCUCUCUCUCUCUUUCUCUUUCUCUCUCAAUCUCAUUUUCUUUCUCUCUCCUUUUCUCUUACACUCUCACAGUGAAUCAACUUUUUUCAUCAUUUUUUCCGCCUUCUCUUUAACCAGUUGAUUUACAGUGUAUCUUUUUUACUUUUCUCCAUCAUCACAAUCAUUUAAUUAACCAACGAAUACACAUAAUUGUAUCAAAAAUGGUUGACCUUUUAGUUGGAAGUGAAGUGAACAAUAAACGAAUUGCUCACAUUGAAAGUUGUUUUGGUCGAUCAGGAACGCCAUUAGCACUAAAAGGUCGGGUUCUUGUCGGUGAAGGAGUAUUAACCAAAAUGUGUCGUAAAGGACCCAAACCGAGACAAUUUUUUCUCUUCAAUGAUAUUAUUGUUUAUGGAAAAAUAUUGGUACGAAAGAAGAUGUAUAUUAAACAGAAUAUUAUUCCAUUGGAGAAAGUUGUUUUAGAAGAUUUUCCAGAUGAUAUGAAUCAAGGUGACCUUAAAUAUGGUUGGUUGAUUAAAACACCAACCAGAUCUUUCGCUGUUUAUGCUGGUUCAGAGACAGAAAAAGAUGAAUGGAUUCAACAUAUUCAAAAAUGUGUUAAGAGUCUUCUCAAAAGAACUGGUUCGAGGCCUUCAGGGGAACAUGCAGCAGUUUGGGUUCCCGAUACUCAGGCCAAAAUUUGUAUGCAUUGUAAUGUAAUGCAAUUCACUUUGCUUAAUCGUCGGCAUCAUUGUAGAAACUGUGGUGCUGUAAUUUGUGCCUCUUGCUCUAAGAGUAGAUUUUUGAUUCCUUCGCAAUCAUCUAAACCGGUACGAGUCUGUGAUACCUGUAAAAAUAAAUUGGUUACCCAACGUUUAGGUGAAGUUACACCAACCAACACAAUGACGACGCCAUCAACAGGUCAUAAUUCAACGUCAACAAAUUCGUCUACGGUUGUUGUUAAAACGUCAACUCGAAUUGGAACCGGUAAUCGUAACGAGAAACCAACAAGUACUGAUUUAGCCGAUUCGGUGAAUACAAGUGUCUCAUCAAGUUCCAGUUCUGCUCAAAAUAAGAUUGAAUCUAAUCCUGAAAAUCCCAAAGAUCUUGAGUCUUCCUCUGAUACCGAUGAAGAUAUUGAUGAAAUCAACCAAAAAUUAAAUCAACUUCUAGAACCUUAUGAAAUUGAAAAACCAACAUUUUAUAACGUUGCACUUAACUCGGAAGAAUUGAAGGAAGACAAUCAAAUUAAUUCAACUUUACAAUCAAAAGGACAACAAAAACAAGGAAAAGGAACAAUUAAAUCUAAUUGCAACUCAAUUGAUCGUCAGGCUAAUAAGUCUAAUUCGAUUGACUCAAGCAAAUCUAAAUAAUAGCAAUUAAAUCACGAGACGAUUACCGUUAACAAGAAAACAAACAAACAAACAAAACCAAACAAAUCACAACAACAAAAAAAAGGAAAAACAAAAUCAAGUUAAUCAUUAAUACAAUUCAUCUUAAAUCAUCUCUACUAUUGAUAGUUGAAUCUAACAAAGUUUGAAAACAAACCAAUUGCAUUUUAAUUUGACAAUUUGAAAUGUAUUGUUUAAUUUUGGUAAAAAUUGUUUACUUUUUUUUUACACAACAGAGGAUAAAAAAAAAGAUGAUAUUUGUCACAAAUAAAAUGGAUUCGCCAUGGGUUUCAUACUAUGGUCAGAGUAAAAUGAUCA